UUUUUGCGAAACCAAGUAUCUGUGUGAAGUUUAAGUAUGAGAAACAUGAGCUUCAGUUUGUAGCCAGCUAUGAAAAUGACAAGACAGAGAGAAUGGUUGUUGAUGAACCUGUCAAACAGCUUCCCUGGCAAUCAAAACUGACAAUGAAUGAUUACACAGAAAACCAGUGUAUCUGUCUUGUCAAUCCAAAGAUCAAGGCAGAUAUAAUAGAGAAAGUGGGUGUCCUGAAAGAGACUCUGUACUCAGAAAAGGCUGUCAGGGAUGCUUUCAGGGUUGUUGAAUGCUAUCUUUGGGAGAAGGAUCUAACUAGUAUUAAAUCUGUUCCUAAUGGGGAAGAACUAUGGAUUAGUAAAGGAAGGUCAACCUUUAGGUACAGGAGUAACCCAGCAGCUAACACUGACAUUGCUGCAACAACAUCGAAAAAAAUUAGCAACUUGGUAGGUGCUAAACCAGAGAGAGCUUGGCUGCUCAGUAUCCUGUGGCUUCUUGCAGAAUUGGCGGUGAAUCAGUUUGGGAGGCAAGGCUAAAGACCCAAGAAAGCCAAGAAAGGCUAAAAUAGUUUUCGAAGAGAAAUGUUUAAAUUUAGUAAUAUCAUAUAAGCAGUAACUAAAUGCAAAAGAAUUUUUGUUUUCAUAUCAUACUUCUAGUCGAAAACUAGUUGAUGUAGAAUGUGUAUAGGGUUAAGUGUCAGUGCUUGGUAUCAUGAGAUAAUCAGUUUAUCAACAAAGUUGAUGUUGUGAAUUGGCCACAGUAGACCCACUUUAAAUUCUUGUUAUAAUGAAGAUGUUGUAGAGAGGCUUUUAUUUACUUUUACUUUUUUUAUCCUUUUUAUGCUGAAUAAAUGGCAACAUUGCUUUUGUA